AUGGCAAGCCCUAGUCCAGAGUAUCUGGCCGAGUCCAGAACAACCGAGCUCUAUGUCGGCCUCGCCAUUCCCAUCCCAAUUCUCAUCGUCUCAACCGCCCUUCGCCUUUGGUCUGAGCUGUACCUGCACCGGAAUUGUUUAAAGGUUGAUGAUAUCCUCAGUAUCCUUGCUACGGUCGCCAUUGUUGGUUCUAAUGCCACAUUUCUACAAGCACCGCGAUACGGACUCGGGCGACGCGUCCAGACCAUGGCAGAGGAGGACAUUACGUCCCUCGGAAAACUCAUCUUCAUUGCGUUGCAAUUUUACUUCUUUGGCAACGCUGGCACCAAGCUCUCCGUGCUUGCCCUUUACUACCGUGCCUUCCCCUCCCUUACCAUUAGGCGCGUUAGCAGCGCAACGGCCGUUGUGACGAUUCUCUGGUUUUUAGCCACUGAUUUUGCUUGGACCUUUCAGUGCAUCCCUGUACAGAAGAUGUGGAAUACCAUGAUAGAUGGCAAUUGCUUGGCCGCCCACUCGGCCUUGUACUGGCAGGCUGGCAGCAACCUGGGCCUGGAUAUAUGGAUCUUUAUCAUGCCUCUACCGCUUAUUGCGAAGAUGCGUAUGAUAUCCACCCGGCAGAAGCUUUGUCUGGUCUUUCUUUUCUCUGUCGGCCUUGCAUCCUGCGUCCUUGGCGCUGCGCGAAUUGCACUCCUGGUUCAGGUUCAGAUGAUGUCCCCAGACUUUACCUGGGAUGGCGUUCCAUUCAGCAUUCUGUCAGUCUGGGAGCUCGUGACAGCGCUCCUGUGCGCGAAUCUCCCCAUCAUCUACAAGCCCAUUGCGGCGGGGUUCCGCCGGGCCAGAGCCAUGGGUUUGGACGACAACGAGCACGCUCAAGCUGCCCGUAGCCAUGGCAAUGUCCCUCCGCAGGGCCGGAGCACACAUACCUGGUCGAGGUCGCGGUCGCGCGUGAAUCGGGCGCUCCGGUUCAAACGGAACAUGAACGUGGAUGUCAACCUUGCGUAUUCUAUUCGUCUGGCGUCUGAAAGUGAGCUGGGAAGCGGGAGUAGCGGUACGCAGCGCACGGGGACAGGAACCGUCGUGGGCACGUGCACGGCAUCUUCAGAGACAGAGGUCGAGCUCGAAGAUGUAGGCGCUGUCACCACUACGGAUGCAAACGAUACUACAGUUGCUCAUCGGCGUCAGCACGGACAUGAACGGCCUGUUUCUUAG